AUGCUUUCAGGAGUCACCAAUAGAUUUGGACGAAGAAUACAACUCAAUGAGAGCUUUGCAGGAGAUGUCGAGGCAGGAUUAAAUUCUGACAAUUUUGAUGUUUUACACCAUAACGAACACGACGAGCGAAAUGGCCUUGAUGAUAAAGCUAAGAAUGACAUCAAAAAAAUCAUGAUGGACAAAAAUUUGAGUUUCGAUGAGGCACGGCUAAGCUAUAUGAGAGACACGUUCACUGAACAUGGGAUAGCUCAAGACGGAACGCCGAAAGAUCCUCGCACCGUCACUUUCGCAAGAGACUGA